UUUUUGGCUCACAAUCCAUUUUUGGAGAAACUUCAAAACUGUUAUAUAAAUCUGAUAAAAUCAUAUAUUAUACUCCUUUCAUUUCUAUUACUAAUCAUAUAAACUAGCAAAAAAACAUAACAAAAUGGCGUCAGUUACAUCAGCUACCGUCGCAUUCCCAUGUUUUACCGGCCUCAAGCUCGUCGUCAACUCCAAACCCACGACUGUAUCCACCGCCGCCUUCAAAUCCUCCUCCACAUCGGCGCCUAAGCUCUCCGUGAAGUCUUCUCUUAAAGAUUUCAGCGUCAUGGCCGUCGCAGCUGCAGCUUCCAUCGCUUUGGCCGGGAAUGCGAUGGCCAUUGAGAUUCUCUUAGGAUCUGACGAUGGUGGUCUUGUUUUCGUGCCGAGCGAAUUCACGGUGGCUAAAGGAGAGAAGAUCGUGUUCAAGAACAACGCAGGGUACCCACACAACGUGGUGUUCGACGAAGACGAGAUACCUAGUGGCGUGGACGCGAGCAAGAUCUCUAUGGACGAGCAAGCUCUUCUCAAUGGUGCUGGAGAGACAUACGAGGUUACACUGACGGAGCCUGGCUCUUACGGCUUCUAUUGUGUGCCGCACCAGGGAGCUGGUAUGGUCGGGAAACUUACUGUCAAUUGAAUUGUGACUAGAUGAUGAUUAUUCAUGAACCAUAAAUAAUUGUAAUCUGAAAGAGUGUCUUGAAUUAUAAAACAGGAUUAUGUAAUACUCCAUUUACGUACUGGUUUAGUGGUAAUAGCAUUGGUUCUUCGGUACU